AGACCCACGCACUUGAUGGAGAAACCGUGCUGCUAGCAACGAGACGGCAGGAGCGUCCGUACAGGGUGGCCUGAGGCACGUUAUCAGCUACUUGUGAUACAGAGGUCCCUUGCUGGAGGAGGAAGCCCUGAACAAAGCAGCAGAAAAUGGAUUGUCUUCACCGGAAUUUUUUGAGCUCUGUGUUUGGUUAGGUUCCCAAAUAAAGCCACUUUGUAAUAUGGAAGAGAGCAUCACUUCAACAGAUGGUGACAGAGAUGUAGAGAGCUUCCAGCUUGAGAUUAGUGGCUUUUUGAAAGAAAUGGCUUGUCCAUAUUCAUCACUUAUAUCUGGAGACAUUAAGGACAGAUUAAGAGAGAAGGAAGAUUGUCUUAAACUCCUCUUGUUUCUAAGUACAGAACUUCAAGCUUUGAAGAUAUUGCACAGCAAGCAAAUUAAAGGCUCUCACUUGGAAAAGCACAAUGAAAUUUAUCAGGAAGUACAAGCUAUUUGUGAUGCGCUGGGCCUUCCAAAGUCGUCAUCUUCUGAUAUUCCUCCCUUGUUAACCAAUGUGGAACUGAAGAUAAGGGACAUUCUCAAAGUUCAAAAUUACCAUGUGGGGAAAUCGCUGCUAACAAAACCUCUGAAUUCUGAUCAAGUGGAAAGAUUGGAAAAAAUCAAUGAUGCUCUUCGAAGUGAGUAUGAAUGUCGCCGUCGUAUGUUAAUGAAGAGGCUAGAUGUAACAGUGCAGUCUUUUGGCUGGUCUGAUAGAGCAAAGGUAAAAACAGAUGACAUAGCACGAAUCUAUCAACCCAAACGUUAUGCGUUGUCUCCAAAGUCAACUAUUACAUUAGCUCACCUUCUUGCUGCUCGAGAAGAUUUAUCAAAGAUCAUAAGAACAAGUAGUGGAUCAACGCGGAAAAAUACAGUCUGUGCUAUCAACAAGGUUCUGAUGGGGAGAGUACCUGACCGUGGAGGCAGACCUACAGAGAUAGAACCACCUCCUCCUGAAAUGCCUCCUUGGCAAAAAAGACAAGAAGGUGGUGGAAGAGGUGGCUGUGGUUAUGGUGGCAGAGGGGGUUAUGGUGAUCCAUAUAGUGGAAGAGGAGGGGGAGGAUACCGAAGAUACUAAAAAAUACUGUAAAUACUGACGCAGUAACUGGCAAAACAUAGUGGUGGUGUUUACUGGUAUCAGGAAUUUAGGUUUGUUAAAUUUGGUUUAGAUUACAAUUAAGUAUGACCAUAUAAAUCAUUGCAUUAGACCAACUGGUGUUGUCACUGAAUUCUUGUAGUUAACUGAACAAAACUUUUAUACUAAAAUACGAUGACUGAAGUCCUUGUUUUUCACACUGCUCGUGGUUUUUUUUAAUGUCAUUUUAUUUAAAAUAUGCCUCAGAAAACUGAAUAAAACCAUUUUUAAAAAAAAAAACCCUACUGUUUAAUGCUCAGGCCUCUCUAAUUAUUGCAUAUAGCACCACUCUGCCCCAGUUCCCCUCA